AUGGCAGUUGUAGGAAUUAACGGAUUCGGUAGAAUAGGGAGAAUGUGUCUCCGUGCCUGCAUCGAAAAGGGUGUUAUGGUUAAACAUAUCAACGAUCCACACAUAACGACCGAUUAUAUGAUAUACUUAUUCAAAUUCGACUCGACUCACGGACCGUAUCCAGCAAAAGUAGAAUGUGAAAAUGGAUAUAUUAUUAUCGGAGAUUAUAAAAUUGCCACGUCUCAGGAGAGGAACCCGUGUAAAAUAAAUUGGAGAGAAUCAGGCGUGACCUACGUGAUCGAGGCUACUGGUGUUUUCACCACUUUAGAAAAAGCGAGUCUGCAUAUGGAUGGCGGUGGGAAGAGAGUGAUCAUUACCGCACCUUCCAUAGACGCACCUAUGAUGGUCUACGGUGUGAACCAUACUUGUUACGAUCCGAAAAAAGGUAAAAUAGUUUCGGCAGCGUCCUGUACGACAACUUGUGCGGCACCGAUCAUCAAAUUGAUGCACGACAAAUACGAGGUGAUCGAAGUAAUGAUCAGUAGCGUGCAUUCGUUAACACCCAUGCAAAGAACAUUGGAUGGACCGAUAGAGAGGGGAAAAGUAAUUGCUAUGUAGAAUUUCUUCUUUCUAAAUGAUCACAUCAUAAUUAUGAUUUGAUAGUCGUGGAGAGACGGGAGAGGCGGGCUACAAAAUAUCAUUCCGACAUCUUCCGGUGCCGCGAAAUCGUUAGAUAAAAUUAUCCCCGAACUUAAAGGGAAGAUUUCUGCGAUUGCUUUCAGAGUACCGAUUUCGAAUGUUUCUUUAUGCGACAUGACUUUCAGAGUUAAUAAACCGACUACGUACGAAGAGGUAAAAGAAACGAUGAAAACAGCUUCAGAAGGUGACUUCGAUGGAAUUCUCGGAUACACAGACGACGAUUGUGUAUCAUCUGAUUUCAACACAACGACUUAUUCGUGUGUCUUCGAUGCGAAAGCCGGCAUUCCUCAAACAAGUACAUUCAUCAAAGUCAUUGCCUGGUACGACAAUGAAUUCGGCUAUUCUCAUCGUGUAAUCGAUUUAAUAUUAUACAUGUACCAAAUUGAUUCCGGUAACAUACCUGUACCGCCGGAACCAGACUUAGAAGAGACCGAAGAUUAGUCGAAUAAUUACUCGUUCGAGAACAAGUACAGUUCAUAAGAUUACAUUUUACAUAAAUUAAUUAUUACACUGUUUUCUAUUAUUGCACGUGCGAUUUUUCUGUAGUAAAACUAGCACAAUUUAAAUAAGUUCGUUGAAUAAAUAAUCUUUUACUUAGUCUCGAUUCUGUGUCUGCAAUGCUAAAUGUUAAAGGAACGAUUUAUAAGCAGUUUUUAAAGUAAUUGUAUACACGGGU